CCCGCACCUUCUCGAUAGCACGCUCACGUUGACUGCUGGUGUAGUUUGAUGGCAGGAGGCGCAACCACACAUUUAUGGAGUUAAAAGCAAAAUGAUAACGCGGAGACUUCUGCAAAAAUGCUGACGGCACAGCGGUGUUGCAACUGCUGACAGGCGGCUGACAAACCAUGGAAAGAGAAGGCUCCCUAAGGAGGAUUUCGAGGAAUCUCCACAGCAGGUUGAGGCUGGCCGGUGGCUCGUCUUCCAGCUUGACUGACCUCUCAAAGACACCUGGGGGAGGAGGCGCACUGGAGAAAGUGGUGGCGGAGGAGAGCAGCAAAGGAACCCAGCAGAGAAGAGCUGGGGCCAAUGCCACAUGGAACAGCAUCCACAAUGCAGUCAUCUCUGUGUUCCAAAAGAAGGAUCUGGGAGAGAAUGAGCUCUUCAUUUUGAAUGAAGGUGUCAGGCAGCUGCUGAAGACAGAGCUGGGCUCCUUCUUCACAGAGUACCUUCAGAAUCAGCUGCUGACCAAAGGCAUGGUCAUACUGAGAGACAAAAUACGCUUUUAUGAAGGUCAGAAGUUGUUGGACUCUCUGGCUGACACUUGGGAUUUCUUCUUCUGUGAUGUUUUGUCCAUGCUGCAGGCCAUCUUCUAUCCCGUGCAGGGGAAAGAGCCAUCAGUGCGUGAGCUGGCACUGCUCCACUUUAGGAACACCAUUACCCUUAACCUGAAGCUGGACGAGGCUUUGGCGCGACCUCGAGCACGAGUACCCCCCUCCAUCAUACAGAUGCUCCUUAUACUUCAGGGCGUGCACCAGUCCAAAGGCGUCACAGAUGACUACCUACGCCUGGAGUCUCUCAUUCAACAAGUGGUCUCGCCAUACCUUGGGACCCAUGGAUUAUAUUCCAAAGAUGGUUCGUCCAAUCAGCACUGUUCUUCAUGUCUGUUAGAGAGGCGUCUUCAGCGUUCUGGACUGUCCAAGUCUGGCAACCCCCCCACGGCGAAGAACCCAGUAGUGCGCUCCAAAAGCUACAAUGUUCCCAUGCUGACCCCUGUCGUGGAGUAUGAUGUGGACUUGUCGGCAGGCGGGGGCACUGCUAUCAGACGCCACUCUGUGUCUGAGAUGACUUCCUGCGUGGGGCAGAGCGCCUCUGUGGGUAAUUCCGGCAUUGACCACUCAGGUACCUCGAGUCAGAACACCCAGGUCCAGCAUCUUUCCCACUCCAUUCUUCCCGAGUCCUCCCCUCCAGGCGAUUGCAAGCACUGCACAGGCUCUCCGGUGUCUGACUCCCCCGUGUCCUCCAGAGUUCUGGCUCAGGACACAAGCUCAGGCCCCAGUCCAUCAUCCAGUCCGGAGGUCACAGCAGAUUACCACAUCCCUGAAUCUUUGGACUCAGAACCUGAGCAUGAUGGCAUCUUUCUGAACUUCUCCAAAGCCUGCGAUGGAGGUGCAACACACAGCAGUGUAACCUGACAGGUGACAAGCCAGUACCUUUUUAGCGUAUUUAGUUAAUCAAGGGAAUCAGCAAAUAAUCCUGCAGGCAUGAGGAUAAAACAGUAUUUAUUAAACUUAACAGCUAGAAAGUAUUGCAAACAGUGCCACCUAGUGUUCACUCCUAUACCUGAAUAUUGUAUUAGUGCGCCUUCAAACAUGCUGACUGAUUAGAAUGAUGACGCAGAGACAAUUAAAGCUGUUUAUUCUACAUAUAGCAAAUUACAUUCAAGUCUAAGUGCGAUUACAUGAAAAUGAUAGUUUUCAGGAUAAUCCUCACAUUACAGCCUCAUACAUGUCUAAUACGAUGUCAAGCUGGAAUCAUAUAAAACAUUCAUAAAGCCGAACCCAGCUCAGCUUAAACUAUGAUCAGCGUACAAGUCUCAAUUUCAUAAUGUAGGCCAUGUAACAUCCAGGCCAGAUAUGCAUGACGUCACUAAAAGCCACAAUCAGCGGAAGACGUCCCCAUCACGUGAUGUCAGAAGGCGAGACUCUCCGUGCUGCAGCGUGAAGAAGGAUUGUGGUUUUAGCUCUUUCUCCUCCAGAGCUUCUUGCAGGCGACGUGGCGGCUCCAGAUAGUGCUGGGUAAUAGACAAAAGUGGUUUCAGAACUAGUUUGCUUUUAAAGCUUCUUUUCUCAGUAUACAAAUACUCAUGCAGCUUAGAAAACAAAGGGUAUUUUGUUAGCAACAUAAUGGUGAUGAUACACAUAGUUUCACCUCAUAGGCCAGAGCAAAAGUCCCCCAGUGAAUGGCAAGUGAGUGUUUGGCCUGAAGGUCCAUGUGGAUCUGCACCGCCUCCUCUGGGUCUACAUGCUGCCCUUUCAUCACGUCCCUACCAAAAAACCACAUUAUUCUUAGCCAAAGUCUGAAAAUGUAGGAGGCAGGAGUAAAUAGGUGUUCACCUGGGAAUAUAUGCGCCAAUGGGGAUUGCCGCCAGGUCGAACGGUCCAAAGCGUCGACCGAUCUCUUUGAAGGCCGGGCAGUAUCCGGUAUCUCCAGCAAAGAAGAAGCGGUGAUCUGGACCCAGAACAGCCCAGCUGGCCCAUAAGGACUAAAGAAAGAUGGAGGAUAUGUUAAGAUGAAAUUCUUCAGUCAAAUACAAGAUAAGUAAGCCACCUUGUUGUCAUCCACCGCGCUGCGUUUGCUCCAGUGCUGAGAGGGCGUGCACACGAACGUGAUGUCAUCGUGAGCUGGCACGCAGUUCUCCUCCCACCAGUCCAGCUCCAUUACGUUCUCGCAGCCCGCCUUGGACAGCCAGUCCAUCAAGCCAAGGGGCACGAACCUACAGACGCUCUUGGUAAGCAGCGUUUAAAGCCCUUUAACGGGGAACUGAACUUUUUUGGAAAUUUGCCUGACGUUCACAAUCAUUAUAAAAGACAUGACGAUGGAUGU